AUGUACCGACACCGAAACGGGGUUGGCCCGACUUCACCGACAUACAUGUACAGACCUCUAAACGCGGGCAGUCCAACAAUUGACGAAUUAUUCGCAAUCACCGGGCAGCCCGAGACGAUCAUACAUAACCCAGCAGGAACGACCAAAAACAAACACGAACGAGGCGGGUUACGACACGACCAGGGAAUAAACCCGAUCCCGAUUGAAAGGUGCCGGAGAUCCAGCGAGAGCACCGAGGAUGAGUUUGAAUUCACACCCCUGCCUAACUCAUCCACCACCACCCCUCUUAGCACCACCAACAACCGCCUACCCGAAACCACUCCUGCCACCACCACCACACCCCAAUCAAGCUCCACCACACCUCAGUCAAACACCACCACCACACACCCCAGUCAAACACCACCACCACACACCCCCCAAAAUCCACCGACAACAAUCCAGGACAACGAAGACCUGUUGACACUGGGUUUCCUAUCGGAAAUAACCGACGCACUCCAAGACAAGAAGGAGAAGAACGUACCAUCGAAGAAAAUAAAAAAGAAACCCGCCCGCCCAGCCACCCACACAUCCACCGAACCAGCCGCCCACACAGUCGCCGACCCAGCUACCCACCCGCCCACCAAGAUACAAAGAAAACCCGUCCGCCCAGCCACCCUCACAUCCACCGACCCAAAAACCCGCCCGCCCACCGAGCCAAAAACCAGCCCGCCCACCGACACAGUCACCCACCCACCCACCAAAACCAACCCAGGCACAGUCACCGACACAGUCACCCACCCACCUACCAAAACCAAACCAGGCAAAGUCACUGAUCCAACCACCAAACAAUCCACCGAAACCGACCCAGGCAAAGUCACUGAUCCAACCACCAACCAAUCCACCGAAACCGACCCAGGCACAGUCACUGAUCCAACCACCAACCAAUCCAGCCAGUCCUCGUGCAAUUCCCAGCCUCCCAGUACACCUGAACCCCCACCCAACAAGAAAGUGAAGAAGAAUUCUUCAAAAAGGACCCCAGUACAGACCAGGAGCAAGGACCAAAACAUGUAG